CAUGUCAAUUAUAGCGCGCCAAGUCAGCAACCAAUAACACAACACCCACCAUUUCGACGGUGUCGGUGAUACAUUCACCUCUCCAACCCAAAACUCCCCCAAUUCACUCUUUCCCCUUUCCCAUUUUCAAUCAAGAUCCACCACCACCACCACCACCGUAUAAUCCUCUCAUCAUGGCGGCGUCACGGCGGCUCCGGGAUCUCCAAUCCGAGCCCUCCAACAAGAUCUGCGUCGACUGCUCCCAAAAAAACCCCCAAUGGGCCUCCGUCUCCUACGGCGUCUUCAUGUGCCUCGAAUGCUCCGGCAAACACCGCGGCCUCGGUGUCCACAUCUCCUUCGUCCGAUCCGUCACCAUGGACUCCUGGUCCGAACUCCAGAUCAAGAAAAUGGAAGCCGGAGGCAACAAAAAACUCAACAACUUCCUCUCCCAAUACGGCAUCGCCAAGGAAACCGACAUCGUCGCCAAGUACAAUUCCAAUGCCGCUUCCAUCUACCGCGACCGCAUCCAGGCGAUCGCCGAGGGCCGUUCCUGGCGGGAUCCACCGGUUGUGAAGGAGUCAGGGAGGCCGCCGGUGGCUCCUAGCAGCGGGGGCGGCGGAGGGUGGGAUGAUUGGGGUAAUGAGGACAAUGUCGGAUCUCGCGGCGGUGGGGAUAUGCGGCGGAAUCAGUCUACUGGAGAUGUUUUGGGGUUUGGUGGUGGAGGCGGAGUGGUUCCGUCGAGGUCGAAGUCGACGGAGGAUAUUCACACGCGGACGCAGUUGGAGGCAUCUGCUGCUAACAAGGAGAGCUUCUUCGCGAGGAAGAUGGCGGAGAAUGAGUCUAGGCCGGAUGGGCUUCCGCCGUCGCAGGGUGGCAAGUAUGUUGGAUUUGGGUCUAGUCCUGCCCCUGCUCAAAGGAGCAGCAAUCCUCAAAACGAUUAUUUCGAUGUCGUUUCGCAGGGAAUUGGUAAAUUAUCAUUAGUUGUUCAGGCAGGAACCAAAGAGUUAACUUCCAAGGUAAAGGAGGGUGGUUAUGAUUACAAAGUCAAUGAAACUGUCAAUAUUGUCUCUCAGAAGACAUCGGAGAUUGGACAAAGGACAUGGGGUAUAAUGAAAGGGGUCAUGGCAUUGGCUUCACAGAAAGUUGAGGAGCUCACUAGUGAUAACCCAAAUGGGAAUUCUGAUAACUGGCAACGAAAUGAGAAUGGUAGAAAUGGUUCUUAUCAAGAGUUCAAUCAUGAGAAUAAAGGUUGGAAUUCUUCUAUCAGAGAAGGACAGCCUUCAUCAGGUGGACAAACUAAUACUUACUCAAGUUCUUGGGAUGAUUGGGACCAUAAAGAUUCCACAAAGGGAGGUCCAGCUAGAGGAUCAGCUCCUCAGUCAUCCAAUGGGAGGAACAACUCAAGUUCUUGGGAUGAUUGGGACCACAAGGAUGCUAGGAAGGUAGAACCAGCUAAAGGAUCAUCUCCCCAUAAUAAUGAUAGUUGGGCUGGCUGGGAUGAUGCCAAAGAUGAUGACUUCGAUAAUAAAGCUAGUGAUCAUAAUGGAACAUCAGGUUCUGGCUGGACAGGAGGAGGCUUUCUCUAAGGUGCGACCCUAUCUUUUGUUGGUGUCAAAGUUGUCUUAAGUGACAAAAAUACAGUAGCUUUUACACCGGUGGCCUGCAGGCCAAGCAAGGGUGUCAUUUAACAUGAUGAAUGUGUCCAGACUGUCUACUAUUAAAAUCAUGCCCCACCUCCCUCCAUUAUGUGCAGGAAGAUUUUUUUUUUUUCAGGUUAUUGUUUUGUCAGCAAGUCUUUAUUUUUCAUCAUUUUCCUAUCCUCCCCUUAUGUAAUUUUGUUUGUGAUUUUUUGGGAACUUUUGGAUGGUUGGAAACGUAGUUUUACAUGUACAAGUGUCCAAAGGAAGGGCAAAUUGCCCUAAUUUAAGAUAACUGCUACCUUGAAGUGUGUUGAAACAUUAUUGUGUCAUGAAAAUUUGAUAAUUGUAUUGAAAUUGCAGCUACUUAA